AUGAGCGCAAUGGGCACUUCAUCAGAGGCCAAUUCGCCAACGAAACCCGCCAGCGGCAGCUCUGAAGGAGUGGACGAAGAAGAAUCACAGCUCGAUCACAGAGCAGGCGAUGGACAAGACCGGCUGCAUCAACUUCGAGAUGAGCAUACGAUGCUCGAACAUACCGAGCAAGUACAAGCUGAGCCUCUGGCUUCAAGAUCUCCAGCACCCCGUACGCCGCAGGAGCUCGAUGAGGAGAGUUAUGGCUCCUUCUCCGCUGCUGCUUCGGCACAAGACCAACCCAUCGACUGCUUUGAGAACGAGGAGGGAGAAGCUGAGCUGGCGGCGGCGUUGGAGCGAUUGCAUCACAAGCAUACCAAACUAGACCAAGAAGGCGUGCUAAACGGCCAGCUUGACGGUGUCCCCGAGAUGGACGAUGAUGACGAUGAGUGGUGUGAUAUGCACGAGGACCUGAGGAUGUUGGGUGCGAAGGGGUUGAGGGCGAAGGAGGUGAGAGAGGUUGAUAGGGGUGUAGGAAGGAAGUGUCUGAGUCAGGUCGAAUGA